AUGUGGAACAGUAGUAGUAGCAUUUUGCGGUUGGCCAGUGCUAAGAUGAUGGUAGCCCAGGUGAAAGCUCUGGAGGAGGAUUCAGAGGAGUCCUCAGUGGACUUCCAUGAGGACUGUAACCAGUCGUGGCGCGCCCAGUUCCGACACCCUCGGAUGUCCGAACUGGCCAUCGGCCUGGAAUUCAUGAAUAUUUCUAAUCGCCCGAUGACCUCCUCGCUGGGUACCCAGGAUGGCGCUAUUGGUAAUUCAUCAUCCAGCAGCAGUGGACUGGUGCCCCUCAGUCUGCGAAUCUCGCAGCUCAACUUGCUCGGUUCGGAUGAUGAGAGCCAAAUGCGGCAUCUGUAUUAG